AUGACCCUCGUGAAACUUCCUUUUCUCGUGCCAUCUGUUCUUAUAUUCAAUAAUGCGUAUAUCUCUCCGAACGCAGCACCUCAUGACGAUGAGGCCAUCAGCGGUGGCCCACUCUACGAGCGUAUCUGCCCAGUCAUUUUCCCAAUAUUACAACGGGUACGUGAAUUUCCAACGUUUAGACACAUUAACGAACACCUGUCACAGGUGUCGGGUUUGAUACCCUGUGUUGCAGAGAUAGCCGUCAUACUUGCGGCUGAUUUUCCGUCGCCUACCUCCUCUACAGUCCUCUCUACUCUAGUUCACACUGGGCAGCUUCCAGAUAUGAUGCCAAACAGAUACUUCAUGCUCGGAACCAUCUUAGUCUUCAUGGGUUGCCUGGGACGCCUGUGGUGUUUUCGCGUCAUGGGACGCCAUUUCACCCACGAGCUCAGCUUGCGCAAGGACCACUCCCUUGUCACCACAGGUCCGUACAACAUUGUGCGCCACCCUGGCUAUGCAGCCAGCUGGAUCGCCUCGUUUGGGAUCUCGCUCAUCUGUGCGAGCCCCGGAUCGUUCAUGCGGUCGUCUGGGUGGCUCUCCACUUCCUUCGGGCGUGUUGUAUUUGGAGUAUGGGUACUUCAAGUCAUACUGGGCGUCGUGCUAGGCUCCGCGCGGUCUAUCAGUGAAGAUGCAAUGCUUCGCAAGCGUUUUGGGGGAGAAUGGGACCGGUGGUCUAAGAGGGUGCCUUACAGACUCAUUCCGGGUAUAUUUUAGCUAUUUUUCUUCAUGACUCUAACGCAGUACCAUACCUGUAGUUCUUAUUGAUGUUUCAGCUUUCGUCCCCCGAGGAAUUUUUCGGCGAGUGAAGAUGUCAUGUAUUUCAUUACCUUUCGAAAUAUUCUUCUGUUCAUACUUUAC